UCCAUUUCUCUCCGUCCCCGCUGUGGCUCGCGCUUGUUUCUGUUUCGAUUGGUGUUCGUUUGUGGUUGUUUUGGUUUGAGCCGUAUCUGUUCGUUCGUUGCUUUUGUUAAUUCGGGUAGCAAUUUGAGUGGCGGAAAUGGAAGGACUCACUCUCACCGGAGUGCUGAGGAAGGCCGCCGGAGAGUUCCCCUCCCGGCGCGCCAUCUCCGUCCCCGGCCGACUCGAUCUCUCCCACGAACGCCUCCACCAACUCGUGGAUGACGCCGCCGCCCGUCUUGCCGCGGCCGGCGUCAGCCCCGGCGACGUGAUCGCCCUCGCUUUCCCCAACACCGUCGAGCUUGUGAUCGUGUUUCUGGCGGUGAUUCGCGCCCGGGCCGUGGUGGCGCCGCUCAACUCCGCUUACACCGAGGAUGAGUUCGUGUUCUACCUCUCCGACUUGGAGACAAAGCUGCUGGUGACCAACGCCGAGGGCAACGCGGCCGCGGAGGCCGCCGCGGCCCAGCUUGGAAUCCCCCGCGCCGCUGCAUCACUUCGCGACGCGUCCGGUACGCUCGAACUCUCACUCCCAGAUGGCGCGACGACGGCCGACGUUGCCGUCACCCCGCUCGCUGGGCGCGUUAACGACCCCUCUGACGUCGCGCUGUUCCUGCACACCUCCGGCACCACUAGCCGACCCAAGGGCGUCCCUCUGACCCAGCUCAACCUCGCGGCGUCUGUCAAGAAUAUCCGGUCAGCGUACCGGCUCACCGAGUCCGACUCGACCGUGAUCGUUCUCCCCCUGUUCCACGUUCACGGCCUGGUGGCGGCACUUCUGUCCUCACUCUCCGCCGGCGCCUCCGUGGCCCUCCCAGCCGCCGGCCGCUUCUCGGCCUCCACCUUCUGGGCCGACAUGCGUGCCUCCGGCGCCACGUGGUACACUGCGGUGCCCACCAUCCACCAAAUCCUCCUUGACCGCCACGCCAGCCGGCCCGAACCGGUCUACCCGAAGCUCCGCUUCAUCCGGAGCUGCAGUGCCUCGCUGGCGCCGGUGAUCCUGGAGCACCUCGAGGCGGCCUUCGGUGCGCCGGUGUUGGAGGCGUACGCGAUGACAGAGGCGGCCCACCAGAUGGCGUCAAACCCGCUCCCGGAUGACGGGCCCCGGAAGCCGGGCGCCGUGGGGCGUCCGACUGGGCUGGAGAUGGCGAUCCUCGACGAGGAGGGCGCUAGCCGCCCGCCGAACGUGCCCGGGGAGGUGUGCAUACGGGGCCCCAACGUGACCAAGGGCUACAAGAACAACCCAGAGGCUAACAAGGCGGCUUUCGCCUUCGGUUGGUUCCACACCGGCGACGUCGGCUUCCUCGACGCCGACGGCUACCUCCACCUCGUCGGCCGCAUCAAGGAACUCAUCAACCGCGGAGGUACGCAUCCAUCUCCCCCAAUUCCCAUCGUACCCUGCAUCCCGUUAUGCAAUCUCUCAGUCCUCGAAUCCCUUCAUCUUCUUCUCAGGCGAGAAGAUAUCGCCCAUCGAAGUGGACGCGGUGCUAUUGGACCACCCGGACAUCGCGCAAGGGGUGGCGUUCGGCGUGCCGGACGACAAGUACGGAGAGGAGAUCAAUUGCGCGGUGAUACCGAGGGAAGGGGCGGAGGUGGACGAGGCAGAGGUGGUGAGACAUUGCCGGAAGAACCUGGCUGCGUUCAAGGUGCCGAAGCGGGUGUUCAUCACGGACUCGCUGCCGAAGACCGCCACCGGGAAGAUCCAACGGCGGAUCGUGGCCGAGUUCUUCGUGCCUCCGGCCAAGGCGCCAAGGGCCGGCGCUUAAAACCCUCGCCAAUAACAUACGGCUAUCAACAACCAUGAAGCAUAAAAAAUAAAUAAUUAAUUAAUUAACUAUUAGAAAAAAAAAGAGGAGAAGAAAACGAAGGAGAUUAAGGAGUAUUCUUUGUAUUUUAUUUUUAAUCAUACUAUUCAAAUAUAGCUUAUUUAUUUAUGAA